AUGGGGGGCAAGUCUACCACCAAGGCCGGCUACUUCGACAAGCUCAAGGGCUUGUUGGAGGAGUACAAGUCCAUCUUCAUCGUCACCGUCGACAAUGUCGCCUCCCAGCAGAUGCACGAGAUCCGCCAGUCUCUCCGCGGCAAGAGUGUCGUUUUGAUGGGCAAGAACACUAUGGUCCGCCGAGCCAUCAAGACCUUCCAAAACGACAACCCCGAGUACGAGCGUCUCCUCCCCCACGUCAGGGGCAACGUCGGCUUCGUCUUCACCAACGAGGAUUUGAAGGAGACCCGCGAGAAGAUCCUGUCCAACCGCGUCGCCGCUCCCGCCCGUGCUGGUGCCGUCGCGCCCGGUGAUGUCUUCGUCCCAGCCGGCAACACCGGUAUGGAGCCCGGCAAGACCUCCUUCUUCCAGGCCCUCGGUGUCCCCACCAAGAUCGCCCGUGGUACCAUUGAAAUCACGACCGACCUGAAGCUCGUCCAAGCGGGCACCAAAGUCGGUGCCUCCGAGGCCACCCUGCUGAACAUGCUGAACAUCUCGCCCUUCACCUACGGCAUGGGAAUCUCGCAGAUCUACGACGACGGCCAGACCUUUGCCCCCGAUGUCUUGGAUAUCGAGGAGGAGCAGCUGCUCAAGGCCUUGAGCUCCGCCAUCGCGGCCGUCACCGCCAUCUCCUUGGCCGCCAACUACCCGACCAUCGCCUCCAUCAACCACAGCGUGGCCAUCGGCAUGCGCACCUCGAUCAUGAACAUUACGAAAAUCUCCCUCGCCGCCGGCUACCCGACCACCCCAUCCGUCAAGCACAGCCUCCUGAACAGCUACAAGAACUUGCUAGCCAUCGCCCUCGAGACCGAGUACGAGUGGCCCGCCAUCUCCCAGAUGAAGGCCAUUGCCAAGGACCCCUCUCUCGCCCAGAGCGCCGCUGCUCCUGAGGCUGCUACUGAGGCCGCGAAGGAGGAGGCACCCAAGGCUGAGGAGAAGAAGGAGGAGGAAGAGGAGGAGGAUGAGGACAUGGGAUUUGGUCUCUUCGACUAA